AUGGCUACUAGUAACAGUGAAGAUCGUGUAUGCCAAUUUCUUGUACUCUCUGAGAAGUUUAUUCCAGAGAAUAAAUUUGGUCAUUUUACCAAGUUAUUUUUCAACGUGACCGCCUUACGCAAAUAUGUAUGUGAUCAUAUCAAGGAUACAAAUACUUUUCACUUACAUAUUGCUGUCCUGUAUCUCAGAGAAUUAUUAGAAAAAUUUGUUCACCAUAUUGAACAAGUUCGGCGUAUUUAUGUAUACUAUGAUACUAGUGAUGCCCUUCAAUAUGGUCAAAGUUGUAUUCCAUUUGGAUCAGAAGAAAGUGAAAAAUUCGAGUUUUGCCCUGAACGUGAUUUAGAAAAACAAUUACUAAAUGCUGAGACUGGGAGAGCUGUAGAUUCAUCCCAAUCAAUUGACCGACCGACAAUUUACAACAUUGCUACGUCAACCAUGGAACGUCUCUCUGCAAAACGAACGAAUAAUGCUGAUUGUCAUUCUUCAGUGUCAAAACGAUUUGCUUUUACAAUUCAAGAGGACUCUUUUAUGAAAAAUAUCAAUUCACGUUCCAUUUGUCCAUCUUGUAAAUUAUUUUUUCAAGAACCUUUUCAGCUUGAAUGUGGACAUCGACAAUGUAAAUCAUGUAUAAAUAAUCAAAACAGUUGUGCAACAUGUUUGAAAUUCAUUUCAAAAGAUAAAAUAUGGUUAGAUCGAGGUUUUCAAAAUGAAAUACAACAAUUACCAACGACAUGUUUAGAAUGUGAGUGGAACGGGUCAUUGAAACUUUAUCAAAAGCAUCGUGAUCAAAAUCAUCAACAAUUUACCAACUGUUCCAUUUGCAACGAACAAGUAGCUCAAAGUAACCUUCAUCGACAUUAUUUAGAUGAAAUACAUCAAGAAAUUCUUUCCACCUUGUCUUUAAUAUGUACAACAAACAAUAGUAAUUUAAAUCAUAGUCAAAUUCAAGGAGCAAUAUCCAAUUUAUUAAAUAGUACAAACGUUCGAAAUAAUGAUAUACAACGAAUCAAUAGAGAACUUAACAGUCAUCAAUAUGCUAUUUCAGUUAUGGCUCAACAAUGGUCUUCAUUUAAAACAAUAGUUCAAGAAAUCAAUGAUCAUAUCUAUGGAAUAGAAAUUAAUCGAAAUCUAUUAUAUCAACAAUUCCUAAUUUUGAAAGAGAAUGUUGAAGAUGCUCAGGCUACAUCGUUUGAUGGUACACUAACGUGGAAGAUAACGAAUUUUCAAGAAAAGAGAAUGGAUGCUAUAUCAGAACGAAAAAUAUCAAUCUAUUCUCCAUCAUUUUAUUCAUCUCAAACAGAUUAUAAAAUGUGUUUACAAUUAUGUUUAAAUGGGGAUAAUAAUACACAAGGUACACACAUGUCAUUAUUUUUGGUAUUAAUGCAAGGUAAUCAUAAUACAAUUUUUCAUUGGCCAUUUAAAUUUAAAGUAACAUUUACUUUACUUAAUCAAUUAUCAUCGAACAAUAACCAAUCGAUUUCCUUUUGGUUUAAUACAACAUCAAGCUGUUUUCAACAUUCAACUACCGAUAUAAAUAUUGUUGAUGGUACUUCAACAUUUCUUUCUCUUGAUUUAUUUGAAAAAAAUCAAAAUCAAUAUGUUCAAAAUGAUACAAUGUUUAUUAAAGUGGAAAUUGAUUUUCAGGCUGAAAAACCGAGUAAAUUGUCUAUACUAAAACAUAUUUGA